GCCCUUCAAAAGUUUCAAAUCUGGAAAACACUGUCUCGAAGUCCAAAGAGAGAGAGAGAGGAGGAAACCAGCAAGCCCUUCUUCUAUCUUUCUUCAACUAAACAGCAGAAAUGAGCUCUUCUGGACUGCACCGAUGCAGGCUGUUCUUGAUGGCUGUAUUAAUCAUCGUGCAGGGUGUCUGUAUCUGUAAAGCAAGGCAGAUUCCCGAACGACACAAAAAUGGCAGUCAACAAAACCAUGAAGAUCAGAUUCAGAUGGAUUCAUCUUCAUCAACAUCCUCGUAUCACCAUGUAGAUCUUGCAGCCCAUGUUUUCUUCCUUGAUAAAGAUCUCAAAUUCGGGAACAGAAUUCCAGUCUACUUCACCAUCAAGGACCCUUCCAGGAGACCACCUCUGCUUCCUAGAGAAGAAGCCGAUUCCAUCCCUUUUUCAUCCUCAAAACUACCUCAUCUCAUAGAUCUCUUAUCAAUAUCCCAACAUUCCCCACAAGCUGAAGCAAUGAAAAGUACUCUGUCCCAUUGCGAAUUCGAACCACUGAAAACAGAGACCAAAUUCUGCGCAACUUCUCUGGAAUCCAUGCUCGAUUCGGCCCGUGAUCUUUUCGGGUCAGGGACGCCGUUUGAAAUCCUAACCACAAACCAUUUGGCAAACAAAACAUCCAGCAUUUUGCAGAACUACACAAUUGUGGAAGAACCAAAAGUUAUUGUGGCUCCAAAGAUGCUGGCUUGUCAUACUCUGCCUUAUCCUUAUGCGGUUUUUUACUGCCAUUGCCAAAAAAGUGAUAACAAUCUGUACAGGCUAAUGCUUGUUGGUGAUGAUGGAGACAGAACUGAUGCGAUUGCUAUUUGUCACAUGGAUACCUCGGAGUGGGAUCCGAAUCAUGUUGCGUUUAAGGUUCUGAAAACUGUUCCCGGGCAAUCUCCUGUUUGUCAUUUCUUCCCGGCUGAUAAUCUUGUUUGGGUUGCAUCUGCUGCUCUGCAUAAUGAAUAGAGGAAGGAUUUGUUGAUCUUGCAUUUUGCUCACCCUGAUGUAUAUAUAUCUCAUAUAUGGGCUACUGUAUUCCUAGAUUUCUCUCAAAGAAAAUUGAAGGAUUUGGUAUCUCUUUUUGGUGAGAAUGAAUUACCAACAUGUUUGUUUUCGUUUUACUUCUCGCAGCGGUUGAGUAUUUUUUUGGCCGAC